GGAGAAAUGUAUGGAGUUGUAAGUACUUUACACCACUGACUAGGGAGACUAUGGCUUUCAAGAGUGUACAAAUUAAAACUAUUAGGGGGAAAAAACGUAAUUGUUAAUAACUGCACUGUAUUGUGACAAUAACAAAGACACCAUAUUUGAGAAACGAAUCGUCAUCAUGCGUGUCAUGCAGUGACUCCAAUACAUUUUUUCCCCCAUAGCCAAUAGUAGUUGCACUGGUUGAAGAAGUCAAAUUGUAAAGACUACAGUAUUACUGUAAGCAGUAGAUAGAUCUCGUCUAUGAAGAAGUUGGAGCGCGUUCUUGUGGAGUUGUCAAUGAAUUUGCGCGUAAAUGGAAGAGGUACAUUCAAAUCACCAGUGGGAACAUCGCAACCGCAAUUCAUGAUCAGGAGUGUCUGUUUGUCCACACCACGGUGCUGGGUUUGACUGUGAGACCAGGCUGCCAUCUGAGGCCCUAGCUAGAGAUGGACAUUGAGGUGGACAUCCAGGAGGAGGACAUGGAGGGCUCGUGGACCCUGCUGUCGUGGCUGGCCUCCUGUGUGAUGGUAUUUGGAGGGGCCCUGCCCUACGUGCCUCAGUACCAGGAGAUCCAGAGGAGCAGCAACACUGAGGGAUUCUCCACCCGCGUCUGUCUGCUUCUGCUCAUCGCCAACAUCCUACGCAUCUUCUUCUGGAUAGGGAAGCAGUUUGAACUGACUCUGCUCCUCCAGAGUGUAGUGAUGAUCAUUACCAUGCUGGCUAUGCUCCAUCUCUGCUGCAACAUCCAGCACGCAAACCGCGUCAGCACCAAACAGCACCACUUCACAGAUCUGGACCUGCGCUACUUCUGGAGCUGGAGUGCGUUUGAGGACUAUCUGCUGUUCUGCUUUGCCUUCACGGUGCUGUGUGCCUUCCUCACCCUUCUCCUGCUGGACUCUGUGCUGUUCGUGGAGGGCCUAGGCUCCCUGGCUGUGCUGUUCGAGGCCAUGCUGGGGGUGCCACAGCUGCUGCAGAACUUCCACAACCACUCCACCCACGGCAUGAGUGUGAAGAUGGUGCUGCUGUGGACUGCUGGAGACAUCUUCAAGACGGCAUUCUUUGUGAUGAACGACAGCCCGUCCCAGUUCUGGGUGUGUGGGGCAGUCCAGAUCCUUAUCGACAUAGCCAUCCUGUUGCAGGUGCUUUACUACGGACAGGACAUCGGAGUCAAACUGGGCUGAACCCUCAUAACCUUCUCAUACACCCAUGCUCUUAAUCAAAGACUCUUAUACCUAAACUUGUGCCUUACCAUGUUUUUUUAAAUUGUUAUAUUAGAUAGAGAAUACCAGCAAGGUAUAUGUGUAAGUUUUACUCUUUGAUGCUACUAUAUUUAUUUGGCUUCAUGGGUCAUUUGUUGUGGUAGUUACUGAAUGGUAGCAGAGCAGCCAGGCACUGUGUGUUUGUGUGCGUGUGUGUGUGUUUUUGCUUUUACUAUCCUUGUGGGGUCCAGAAGUCCUAACAAGGAUAGUAAAACAAAGACAAUUCGGACAAGUGGGGACAUUUUGUGUGUGUGGGUGACUCCUUCACUGUGUACCUCAGUGUGUUUCUAAGAUGAAAUAUAGAUAUAUGUAUAUGUUUGUCAA